GCUGUCCUUCCGCAAGAUUAAACAUUCGUGAUCUUCCGUGAAGCAAACGAGAAACUUAAUUCCGUAUAAGGAAAUUCUCGUUACAACUAAAAAUGGCUGAAAUGAGCGAUAGUUUAGUGAUCAGUGCAACAACCAAUCAACAUCACAGAAGCAAUUCCAUUCCUACACCAACAACUGAAACAAACCAUGACAGUGGCGGGACGGGUCGGCAGAAUGGCGGGCCGGCGCGCACUGCCAGCCUGGGGACCGGAGGCGUGGGCGGCGGGGGCGGUGUGCGCACUCCGCCCCUCGAGCGCAAGAGCAAGCUGUCGGCGCUCGUGCGCGUCUUCAAGCCCUGGAAGUGGAAGCGCAAGAAGAAGUCCGACAAGUUCGAGGCCGCCUCUCGCUCGCUGGAGCGGAAGAUCAGCGUGCGCGCCAACCGGGACGAGCUGGUGCAGAAGGGCAUCCUUCUGGCCGCCGACACGCCCUCGCCGCCCGCCUCCGCCCCCGCUGCCACGCCCAUCUCCAGCCUCACGGAAUAG